AAGACCGAGACAGCCAACUCAUUUUUGAGUUCAGCAGAUCCCAAAGCUACGGUACACAAAGAGUACCUCUACCUUGUUGAUCCAUUUCUAUAGAGAGUGAACAAGCUUCAUGUACCCGGUUAGUUAGCCAGCAGCAGUACCUUGUCGUCCCUACUUCAUUGUUUUUUUUUGUGGAAAUGAUGACCCGCUUACGAAACAAAAUUGCUGUGAUUGGUGUGUUUGCUUUGGGCUGCUUCAUUACAUUUGUGGUGUUGACUGUCAAAGAUGUUCUUAAGAAUAUAGUGGAAGACCAGAUCAAAGAGCGUACAAAGCUGAAGUUGAACAGUGAGUCAUUAAAGAACUGGAAGGACCCUCCUGUGCCUGUCUACAUGCAGUACUUCCUCUUCCAUAUUGAAAACCCCGAGGAAAUACUUCAGGGCAAGCAAGCCAUCGUGAGGGAAGUUGGACCCUACACAUACAAGGAGCUCAGGCACAGGUCUGAUGUAUUUCUAUACGACAACGCCACAAUAUCUUCCACUAUGCAUAAAAGCUUUGUAUUCCAACGAAAUAUGUCAGUAGGUGACCCCAGAGUCGAUCACAUUACAACAGUCAACAUUCCAUUUGUUGCUAUGCUGCAAUCAACGAAGCAGAGCGGUAUGGCCCAGAAGAUGAUUCUGUCCUUACUGUUUGCCCUGAAGAGCAGUGCGAUGUUUCAGACUCACAGUGUGGAGGAGUUCCUGUGGGGUUAUGAGGAUCCUCUGCUGAAACUUGGUCAUAAGCUUCUACCUAGCAUUUUCCCAGACAGUCGAUUCGGACUUUUCUAUGAUAAAAAUGGAUCAGAUGAUGGAGUGUAUCUAUUCAGCACUGGCAAUAAUGAUUACAUGGAUUCUACCAAAAUAAUAACGUGGAAUGGACAAAAAUCGCUUACUUGGUGGGCAUCCAAUACCUCUAACAUGAUUAAUGGAACAGAUGGAGCCUCCUUCCAUCCACUGAUAAAAAAGAACGAAGCCCUAUAUAUUUUUGCUCCUGAUAUAUGCAGGUCUCUGCAUUUGAUUUUUGAAAAAGAUGUGCAAGUGAAAGGUAUCAGUGCCUAUCGGUUCAUUGUUCCAAAAGAGAUGUUUGCAAUUGACUAUCUCAGCAAGGAGGGAUUUUGCCCAGCAAUGAAUUGCCAACUCUCCGGAGUCCUGAACAUCAGCAUCUGCAAAAAAGGAGUUCCUAUUUUCAUCUCAUCUCCUCAUUUUUAUGAUGGGGAUCAGAAGUUAGUGAGGGACAUAAGCGGAAUGAAACCCAACAUGAAAACUGACCGAACAUUCCUUGACAUAGAACCAAUGACUGGUUUCCCUAUCAGAGCAGCCAAGAGAAUGCAGCUCAACCUCCACAUCGAGGCAGUGGACUACAUUGUCCAAACUGGUCGAAUGAGGACAAUGAUUUUACCAGUUAUCUUUUUGAAUGAGCAUGCUGUGAUUGAUGACAAAUCAGCAGUUGAAUUGAAAUGGGCGCUUCAGAUUAUGAAGAUCGUGCUCUACAUCCCUUAUAUCAUCCUAGGCGCUGGAAUCCUGUUUUUGUUGAUAUCUCUCAGUCUCGCCUUUGUCAUGUGCAGUUGCAAAGAGAAUAAGGAAUAUACACCUGUAAUUUUAAAAGUGCUGAAUAUAAAAUCACACUGACGGAGAUCCAACCACGUGAACUGCUGCAGUUAAACAGAAGUUCAGCCUGAUUUGGAGCUGCAGUAACUUUAAAUUAGAACAUACAAAUACAGAGCCUUCCACUGACUUGACAAUAUAUUAAUAGAAUCAGUUACCAAUAACUGAUGUUGUUUUCCAGAUAGUCAACUACAGUUACAAAUGGAAUAUUGCAUAGUUCAAAUAAUAACCGUUUAAAAUGAGCCAAUCAUGUUUCAAAAAUAAAAUACAAUGAUUGGA